GAUUAUAUUGCUAGCAGAACAAGCAUUUUAUGACCAUUCUGCCCCAAAAGAGCAAACAAAAAAUGGUAAGCUUUUUUAUUCUAGAUAUUUUUUCAUGGAUGAGUACUUAUUGCGGUAUUUCUACCUUUUCUUCUCAAUAAGUGUCUCCAUCUCUUUAUCAGCAUAAAAAGCAGCUCCACCCAGAGCAUAUCACCCCAAGAAUCACAAUGGAUCUCUUCUGUGUGCAGUCCCUUAUCCUCUUCUUCUUCCUGUUAUUCUACUUUUAUUUCUAUUUCUAUGUCUACCCUUUAAAAAUGAAGGCCGUCUCCAAUGUAGGCUUCAAAGUCUACCCGUUCUUUGGGUCCUUGCCGGAAUUCUUCAAAAACCGGAACAGGUUUGUUGAAUGGGUCACUGAUAUCCUUGCCAGCAACCCCACCAACACUGCUGUCUACCACCGCCCUGUAAAUAUCAGAGGCAUUAUGACUGCAAACCCAUUAAAUGUCCAACACAUGCUCAAGAACAACUUCGACAACUAUCCAAAGGGCGAGCUUUUCACGUCUCACUUGGAGGAUUUCCUCGGCCGUGGCAUCUUCAACGUUGAUGGUCAUCUCUGGAAGGUUCAGCGAAAGACGGCAAGCUCCGAAUUCAGCACAAAAUCGCUUCGCAACUUUGUCAUGGACAUUGUGAAUGAGGAGACCCUCAGCAGGUUGGUUCCUCUGCUGAGAAAAGCCAGUGGGCAGAAGAUUGUCGUUGAUAUGCAAGAUAUCAUGGAGCGUUUUGCGUUCGAUCAUGUCUGUAAAUUGGCGUUUAACGUUGAUCCAGGUUGUCUCGGCGGCGACAAUACUGCCGGCGCUGAGUUCAUGAAGGCCUUCAAUGAUGCAGCAACGCUGAGUGCAGGGAGGUUCCUUUAUUUUCUCCCCUACUUGUGGAAGAUGAAGAGGGCGCUUAACAUAGGAUCUGAGGAAAGAUUAAGAUCAGCCAUAUCAACUGUUCAUGAUUUUGCAGAUAAGAUCAUCCGAUCAAGAAUGCAAGAGAAAGAGGAGAAGCAAAACGACGAGGACCUACUGUCUCGUUUCAUUGCAAACGAGUCCAACUCUCCCGAGUUCCUCCGAGACAUCAUCAUAAACUUCAUACUUGCAGGAAGAGACACGACGUCAACAACACUUUCUUGGUUCUUCUGGCUGUUAUCAAACAGGCCAGAGGUCGAACGUAAAAUCUUAGACGAGCUGAAAUUAAUUCGGGCUAGUAACGGGAAAAAGAUCGACGAUACAUAUAGUUUUAACGAGCUACGAGAAAUGCAGUACCUACAAGCGGCACUCUCCGAAGCACUUAGACUGUACCCACCGGUGGCACUCGACACAAAGGUCUGCCGGAAAGAUGACGUCAUGCCGGACGGUACAUUUGUCGGUAAGGGAUGGUUCGUGACGUACCAUGCAUACGCGAUGGGGAGGAUGGAGAGCAUAUGGGGGAAGGACUGCCUGGAAUUCAAACCGGAAAGAUGGCUGGAAAAUGGUGUGUGCCGGCGGGAGAGCCCGUUUAGAUUUCCGGCGUUCCACGCCGGGCCGAGGAUAUGUCUGGGGAAAGACAUGGCGUAUAUAUUGAUGAAAUCCAUCACAGCAUCAGUUAUACAGAGAUUCCAAAUGGAGGUGGUUGAUAAGGACAAGUGUCCAGAGCUUGUGGUCUCAUUGACACUUAGGAUGAAAGAAGGGCUGCCGAUGAGGGUCAAAGAGAGAUGUUAGGACUUGAUUGAUUGAUGAUAAAUUUAUUGUGUUUCUGUUCAUACAUUAUGGUAAGUUCCCUUUUGAAUAAAUUAAUGAGAAAUUCCACCCAGAAUAAUUAAUACAUUUAAGAUACUGGUA